AUGCACAGCAACCAACGCAGCAGCAGCAGCAGCAGCAGCAGCAGCACUCAUGAAGGGAUAACAGCAGCAGCAACAGCGGCAGCAGCAGGAGGAGCAGCAGCAACGGCAAGCGCAGCCGUCUCAUCAGCAGCAGCAGCAGCAGCAGCAACAGCAGCAGCAGCAGCAACAGCAGCAGCAGCAGCAAAAUGGCUGAGUGCGAGCUGCUGCAGGGCCUUGCUGCUGAGGCAGUCUGCUGCUGCAUCAGGGAUGAUGGAGAGCGGUGCUGCUGCAGCUCUCAUUGAUUUGCUGCGGAGUGUGGGGCCGCUGCUGCUGCGUCGCGUAGCAGCAGCAGCAGAGUUGCUGCUGCAGGAGAUACGGCUGCAUGCAGCAGAUGCAGCAGCAGAUGCAGCAGCAGAUACGAGGGAAUUUAUACGGCUGCAGCGGCUGCUGGAUGUGCUGCUGCUGCUGCAGCAGCAGCUGCCGCAGGUGCUGCAGCAGCAGCUUUGCUGCUUCAUUGCCUUACAGAUGUCUCCCAUAGGUCCUGUGUAUAGAAGGACGAGCAGCAGCAGCAGCAGCAACGGCAACGGCAACGGCAGCAGCAGCAGCAGCAGCAGCAGCAGCUUCUUCACUUCUUCUGCUGUUCGUCCUUCUCUCUUUGUCGGCGGCUGCGCCUCUCUGCGGCGGUCUCGCUCAGGAGAGGAUGCUGCGUUCCCAGCAGCAGCAGCAGCAGCAGCAGCAGCAGCAGCAGCAGCAGCAGGGCCUGUAAGAAGGCCGCUGCGGAGGGUCCCCGCUUCGCUGCAGCAGCCGCAGCAGCAGCUGCUGCUGCAGCUGAACGGGUCUUGCUGCAGCAAUCUGCAUGCGCAGCAGGAAGCGACAGCAGCAUCACCAGCAGCAGCAGCAGCAGCAGCAGCAGCAGCAGCAACCACCGAGGAUCAUCAUGCAGCUGCAGUCCUCGGUCCUGCUGCAGCAGCUGCUGCUCUUCCUCAACCGCCUGUUGCAGCAGCAGCAGCAGCAGCAGCAGCAGCAGCAGAGCCGCCGCAGCAGCGCGCCAACUUAGCGCAGAGAUUUCAACAGGCGGGGGAUAUUUUGUCUCCUCGUCGUAUCGUGCGUAACAUGGGUUCACUGCAGCAGCGGCAGCAGCAGCAGCAGCAACAGCAACAGCAGCAACAGCAGCAAAGAAAUCAACUGCUGGCUUCAUAA